CCUACCUAACCUACCUUACCUCUCUGCCUACACCACCUCCGGCCAGAUCUUGGGUACCCUUGAUGUACCUACCGCUUAGCCUGGCUUUGGGUUGCCCUUGUACGUACAUAUCCGGUGGCCCUGGUACCCUGACGUGCCCGACCGGUCCCCCUCUCCCACCGGUCACCGGUCCCCUCUCCUACCAGGUAGGUAGCUUAGGUACCAACCGAACCUACCUCUGGUACCCGAGGUACCUACCUGACCUCUGCUGCCUACCUGCCUCCUCUACCUACCUCCUGCCGCCCUUCCUCCUUAAACAAAACCCCCCUUUUCCCACCCCUCCCCUCCUCUUCCUCUCCCCGCUAGCAGCCCUACCGAGGACCCCAACAGGACGGAGAAAAAAUAAACCACCUACAUACAUACGCACAUACAUGCUACAGGGCACUAGGGGGGGGAAGGGGGGGGAGGCACACACGCACGCACACUGCUUCCACCCAUUCUUCCCUCACCACCCAACCACCCGCUACCACACACACCCUUCCACCCACCCCGUCCUGCACCCGCAGGGGCACCUCGUGGCCACGGUGGCACAAGAGCCGAGUGGGGAGGCAGAGAGAAAAAGAGAGAGAGGAGAGAGAGAGAGAGAGAGAGAGCAAGGGUGGAAAAGGGGGACGGGGAGAGUAGUGGUGGUGAGUCGGCAGACAGAGGACUAAACCACCUCCUAAUUUAGACCCCCGUUCCUUAUUUCGUCCUCCAAUUUUCUUCUUCUUUUUUUUCUCUCCCAUUUUCUGGCUUUUUUUACGUCUCCCUUUAAUGAAGGAAAAAGAAAGUAAAAAUCUCCG